AAGCAAAGAAGGUCUAGAGGCUUAUGAACACACAUAUCAACGUUCUAGCAUAAAAGAAGAUAGUCGUCAAAUCCUUCCUUGCAUUUUGGAUUAUCACAGAAUUUCGCCUCUUAAUUCGUUUUGAAGAGCACAAAUUCUUAAAACCCAUACCCUAAAUUCAAAACCUAUUAUAUAUUAUUCUUACCUUACUAAGUCAGUCUCUCAAAGAACGUUAGAAUUAUUUCCUUUUCAUUUUCUUUUCAUUUCUUUAAUUUGCGAAAGAACAAGCUAAGAGUGUAUACGUAGUUGUUGGGUUUUCCAUGUCGAAACGUUGUGGAGUUUUAAAUCUGUUUGUGCUUCUCCUGGUUUUAACGUCCUUUUUCUCACCUAAGGUCGUGGUUCUUGGAUCACCUAUUAAAGAAGAACAAAAGUUGAAGAGACACGAUCCUCUACAUGGCUUUAGGGAUUACAAUGGAGGGUAUAAUGUUACGGAUAAAGAUUAUUGGGCUUCUGCGGUAUUUACAGGAAAGCAUUUUUAUGGAAUUGCUGGCGUGUGGCUGUUCUGUGGGUUUGGCUUUGGAAUUUUUGUAAUGCGCAAGAACUUGACGAGAAAUGAUUCUUCUUUGGUUAAAAGCCGUUUAACUCACCAAUAUUUUUUUAUGUUCUUGCUCUUUAUCAUUUUCACAUUCUUAGCCAUAGUUGCCACCAGUGUAGUUUUGGCUGCAAAUGAAAGCUCCUUAAGCAGAACAAAAAGGUUCAAAGGAACAAUUAUGGAGGUAGGAGAAGACGCCCUCCAAAAUCUUAACCAAGUAAAAGAAGCAAUGGUAGAAAUGAAAAAUCUUUUAAAGCGAUAUGAUUCUGCCACGUCAAGGCACUUAAAUUCCAUAGCUAAUCUUCUUGCCAAAGAAUCAACACAAAUUGAAGGGUUUACUCAAAACAGUACCCAUGCAAUUGAUCUUGCAAUACAAAUUUCGCACUCGUUACAUCUUGUGGUUGUAACCAUCAAUUUGAUGCUCUUGGUGGCCGCUCUUGUUCUGCUGUUGUUGCAUUGGCACCCUGGACUUAUCAUUAUAAUCUUUGUCUGCUGGAUCUUAACUACUCUAUGCUGGGGUUUGACUGGCUUUGAUUUCUUCCUCCAAAUUUUUGUGGAGGAUACUUGUACAGCAUUUAAGGAUUUUGAACAAGACCCGGAAAAUAGCAGUCUAAGCUCCAUGCUUCCAUGUUUAGAUCGACGAUCUUCAGAUAAACUGUUGAGAAAAGUUGGAUACACUAUCCAUAAGUUCAUUUCUAAGUUGAAUUCAAGAAUGGGGGAAUUAAUUGUUUUGCUUCCUUUAGACAAAAACAAUAUGGAUUCAGUACAAGCUGAGAAAAUAUGUAACCCCUUCUCAGGAGCGCCAAAUUAUAGAUAUAUUCCAGAAAACUGCUCAGAGAAUAGCAUUCCUGUUGGAGAUUUACCAAAUAUUAUUUCAAGAUUCACAUGUUAUGAGAAGGAGUCUUUUGAAUCGUGCUCAAGAGAAGGGAAGUUUAUAUCUGAAGAUCUUUCAAACAUGGCUAUGGCAUAUAGUCUUUCAGCCCAGGAAAUGUUAAAUAUAUAUCCAGAUUUAGAGAGGUUGAUUAGAUGCAUCAUUAUCAAGAUUGCUUUCUCAGAUAUUGUUAAUCACCAAUGCAAGCCAUUUACGGCUUCAAUUCGAUUAUUAUGGUCGUCGAUGCUCUCUCUUUCCAUUAUCAUGGUGAUUUCAAUAUUAAUUUGGGUGGCAAAAGCUUAUCAAGAAAGAGGCAGACACUUCUCUACUUGUUCUAUUAUUCCAGUUCGACCCUAAGAAAUUAAGGCUCUGUUUGGCAACAAUUUUUGAACUAGCUUUUAAGUCUACUAAUUGUAUUAUUCCAAUUAGACCCUGAGAAAUUAAGGCUCUCUUUGGCAAUAAUUUUUGAACUAGCUUUUAGCUCUACUAAUUGUAGUAUUCUAUAACAUAGCUUUUAUAAUAGACGUUGAGGAUGAGGAAGCUUUUUAUA